AUGUCUCGGAAAAGAAACCUCCCGCAAUGCAGUCAUCGUAAGAAGCACGCCCUCUCGUGCUCCUCAAGAGCAGAGCUGCAAUUCCCAAUGAGCAGCUUGGACUGCGUCCUGCCAGAGGGUCAGUAUGCGCAGCGCUUGAGCUCAUAUACCCCUGUGUUCCUCGCCGGCGUCCUCGAGCACCUGAUGGCACACAUCUUGGAGUUGGCGGCCAGAGAGGCCCGCAGCAGCCGCAAGGUGCGCAUCACCCCCGAGCACGUGCAGAGAGCCUUGAACAACAACGAGACCCUCAGCCGCCUCUUCCAGGCCAGCAGCGUUUCCCGGGGGGCUGAGGAGGGGGCUGAGGAGCCCGGGGCCGAGGAGCCCCUGCCCGAGGCCGGGCAGUGA